ACUAUCAUUCGAAUCUGAAUCAUUGGUCCUAAUUGCAGGCCUAUGGUGAACUGUAACCACCGUGUGACUCUGCCAGCAAGUCCAGGCACCUGGGCACCGCGGUUGAAGUUGAGGCUGGUCACAGUCCAGGCGGCCCAAGGACCUGUGACUUCGGCUCACUCACAAGCCAUGAGAGCUGGCGGGUCACUGCUGCACUGAGACCUUCAACACCCUUGAUGAAGGUUGGCAUGCCAAUGGCUCCCAGAGCAUCGUGACCUACUGCUCCUGAAGAAAUACUGCUCGGCUAUUCCCCACCCAGCCAUGAACCAGCCAGACCCUAUUGAUGACACAGAUGCCAGCCCCGAACCCCUGUGCACGGUGUGCGGCCAAGCCCACUCCUCAGAGGAAAACCACUUCUACACCUACGUGGAAGAUGUGGACGAUGACCUCAUAUGCCACAUCUGCCUGCAAGCCUUGCUGGACCCUCUGGACACUCCGUGUGGACACACCUACUGCACCCUGUGCCUCACCAACUUCCUGGUAGAGAAAGACUUCUGCCCCGUGGACCGCACGCCCGUGGUCCUGCAGCGUUGCAAGAAGUCGAGCAUCUUGGUCAACAAACUGCUUAACAAGCUGCUGGUCACCUGUCCCUUCACGGAGCACUGCGCCGAGGUGCUGCAACGCUGUGACCUCCAGCAUCACUUCCAGACAAGCUGUAAAGGCGCCUCCCACUACGGCCUGACCAAGGACAGGAAGAGGCGCUCACAGGAUGGCUGCGCCAGCCUCACCACGACGACACUCUCCCCAGAGGUUUCUGAAGCUGCCACCAUCUCCUUAAUGACCGACGAGCCUGGCCUAGAUAACCCUGCCUACGUGUCUACAGCGGAGGACGGUCACGCAGCCAGCAGCCCUUCAGACACUGGCCGGGGCAACCGAACCAGGGCCCGGCCCUUUGAGCGAUCCACGAUCAGAAGCAGAUCUUUUAAAAAGAUCAAUCGAGCUCUGAGUGUUCUUCGCAGGACAAAGAGCGGGAUUGCAGUUGCCAAUCACGCUGACCAGCCCCGGGAAAAUGCAGAGAAUGCCACUGUCCCUGAAGUCUUUCCAAGGUUGUAUCACCUGAUUCCAGAUGGUGAAAUUACCAGCAUCAAGAUCAAUCGGGUGGAUCCUAAUGAAAGCCUCUCCAUUAGGCUCGUGGGAGGCAGCGAAACCCCACUGGUCCACAUCAUUAUCCAGCACAUUUACCGUGACGGGGUGAUUGCUAGAGAUGGCCGGCUGCUGCCAGGAGACAUCAUUCUCAAGGUCAAUGGGAUGGACAUCAGCAACGUGCCACACAACUGCGCCCUGCGCCUCCUGCGCCAACCCUGCCAGGCGCUCCGGCUCACAGUGCUGCGGGAGCAGAAAUUCCGGAGCAGAAGCGACGGGCAAACGCUGGACUCCUACAGACCCCGGGAUGACAGCUUCCAUGUGAUUCUCAACAAAAGCAGCCCCGAGGAACAGCUUGGCAUAAAACUGGUGCGCAGAGUGGAUGAGCCUGGGGUGUUCAUCUUCAACGUGCUGGAUGGCGGUGUGGCCGACAGGCACGGGCAGCUGGAGGGGAACGAUCGUGUGCUGGCCAUCAAUGGCCAUGACCUUCGAUACGGCAGUCCAGAGAGCGCAGCUCAUCUGAUCCAGGCCAGUGAAAGGCGUGUUCACCUCGUCGUCUCCCGCCAGGUUCGGCAGCACAGCCCAGACAUCUUCCAGGAAGCUGGCUGGAUCAGCAACUACUGCCGGUACUACGAAGGCCCAGGGGAGAGGAACCUGAUUCCCAAGGCCCUUCAUUCUGCGGCUUAUCGUGAGAAGGUGGUCAGUGUCCGAAAAGACCCCAAUGAAUCCCUCGGCAUGACGGUCGCAGGGGGCGCGUCACACAGGGAAUGGGACUUGCCGAUCUAUGUCAUCAGUGUGGAGCCCGGAGGAGUCAUAAGCAGAGAUGGAAGGAUAAAAACAGGUGACAUCUUAUUGACCGUGAAUGGAAUCGAACUCACAGAGGUCAGCCGGAGUGAGGCGGUUGCCUUAUUGAAGAGCACGUCUUCCUCAGUGGUGCUUAAAGCCCUGGAAAUGACAGACCACGAGCCCCAGGAACUCUGUCACAGCCCAGAAGCCCUGGACUCCAACCACAACAUGACCCCGCCUAGCGACUGGUCCCCAUCCUGGGUCAUGUGGCUGGAAUUACCACGGUCCUUAUAUAACUGUAAAGAUGUUGUAUUACGAAGAAACACAGCUGGAAGUCUGGGCUUCUGCAUUGUAGGAGGUUAUGAAGAAUACAGUGGCAACAACCCUUUUUUCAUCAAAUCCAUUGUUGAAGGAACACCAGCUUACAAUGAUGGAAGAAUUAGGUGUGGUGACAUUCUCCUUGCUGUCAAUGGCCGGAGUACGUCAGGCAUGACACACGCUUGCUUGGCAAGGAUGCUGAAGGAACUGAAAGGAAGAAUUACUCUCACAAUAGUUUCUUGGCCCGGCACUUUUUUAUAAAACCAAAAAAUGGGUCUUAAGAAGCAGAAAAACCACAGACAGGCUAAGGGAAACAAUGUUAUUUAUCAUGUCAAUUUUUAUAUUUAAAGAAUAUAUUGUAAAAAUGCUAGGAAAAGUACAGCCUAAUGAAAGUAAGUGACAUCUCAGAGAAUAUUCUCAGAAAUAAAAACUACUAAGGUUUUUAUUCAAUGUGGAGGAUUUCUCCUGCUCUACGCAAAUUUAAGUUUGUAUUUUUCUUUUCAAUCAGAAGCCCGUAAGAAAACUACAGUGGUUUGUAUGCCCCUCUGGAUUCAAAUCAUUGAUUUAAAUUUUAAAAUAUGGUAUAUGUUGAGUUCAAGAAAGAGGACAUUAUGGGCACUUUUAAUUUCAAAGGCAGACUUUUAAAAAAAUCAUUGCU